AUGAUCAUGACGACUCUAGUCAUUGUAGUCUUUUGCAUUAGACUCUGUUUUGUGUUUGGUCUGCACAACUGUAAUGAAAGAGAUUCGCCUGGAACGAGAUUGUCUAGAGGAAAAGCGGACGAAUCUGCGGAUUUUAAUGGACCACAAACUCAACACACCUACAUUCUGGACAUUAUGGACCCGGACAUUGGUUUGGUAAGUGUACAAGAAGGGGAACAGUAUGGUGUCCACCAGAAGAGUUACCAUCCAAUGGCAGGAAAGAAGAUUACCGUCUUGGCUUACGGAAAGACCAUACUAUGGGAGGAAACAAGUGCAACCAGAUUCCUCUAUCUAGACUCCUUUGCCAAGAAUGGUAAAAUGCUCUUAAGUCUCUGCCUGUUGGAGAGCGGAGACAUCGAGUACCACUACCUUAAACAUGCCAACAACGUCUGGACUAGACUGAGUGAAAUGGACUUUUGCAAGGAAUACACAAGAAUGAGGGGUCGUAGAAUAAAAAUCCCCCUAACCUCUUCCCAGGAUGUUAGCAGUACCUACACGGAAUAUGGGCCUGAGGACUUGACGGAAUUUGAAAAUGAAGCUGAGAAAGGACGGCAGGAAAUGCACAUUAUCCUGGACAUUGCAAAACCGGACGAGAAGAUCACAGUCAGUGAAAGUGAAAUUGAUGGCGUAAGCUACAAGGGCUACUUCAUGGGAGAAGCUCUGACCCUGUCUUCGCUCUCAGAAAAGGGAGUAGAGAUUUGGAAUGCAAGUCCAGGUAAUGAAUGCAAAUUCGUUUACUUGUGCACCAGUGGAAAGACAUCCCUCAUGAUUCUGGAUAUUCACAGAAAUGGUCGACUCCACCACAUGCAUUUCCGAAAGAAUGGCAAAAGGUGGGAGAGAAUUAGCACAGAACGCUUCGAUGCAUACUUCAAGAAUAUGAUGGAUAAGAAGGAGAAAAGGAGAGCCUCUAGGAAGAAAAGGUAG